UUCUAACCUUUCUAUCUUGGUCGAUAAAACCAUCAAAAAUUUCUGUUUUCUCCAAAAAUUAAUUUCAAAAUUUUUUGUAAUGUACCCGAACGAAGUAGCCCAUAUCAGUAAGACAAUAAUCGACUUGUUAAUACUCGAUGUUACGUUAAUAACAAUUAGUAAAUUGAGUUCGGAGAUAAUCGAUCGCGAUCAUAUCAGUGUGAUGAAUGAGCGAACUGUGGAUUUCCAAGAACUCAGAGAUAGAGUUUACGACAAAUAUCCUGCAUUGUAUCUUUCAAACGAUUACAAAAUCUUCUGGGGGUAUUCCAAAGAUUAUUUUAUAGAAAUCAACGAUACAAUAACAUACGCCGCUGCUGUAAGGUGCAUGACGAGUGGGAUCUUUUUCAUUUUGUUAAACGAUUUCGAGGAUACCUGGGAAGAUAAUUUAUCGUUCCUUUUGGAUUUAGACAGAAAAGAAGAGGAAGUACGAAUUGAACGGGAACGAGACAUUUAUGAUGUUAAAAUUAUUAGGAAAGGCGAAGAAAAAAUUGUAAGCCACGAAUCCACCGAGACGACAACAACUAAAGAACCAAGAAAAAUUCGGACGGAAUCGGAAAUAUUAGCUUACGCUAUGAGAAACGAACCAGAACCAUUUUGUUACAUCACCGAUCGUUACCUAGGGAAAACCUUAAUAAGCGACAUGCAGAAAGGUUAUCCGAGGUUUAAGAUAAAACUUAGACUUUUGCCCGAUGUUCAAUUUGAAAAACGUGCUUCUAAAGAUGCAAAAGGAAAGCAAGCGAAACCUAAUAAAAAGAAGAAAUAGAAAUAAUCGAAAAAAAAUUUAAUGUUGAAUGUUUGUAUAAAAUUGUAAUAGUAACAUGGAAACACAUUUUGUGGUUAAAUGUAAUUAAUGUCCUUCCAUUAUACUUUAAAAAUUAGA